UUGUGUGUGCAGUAGAGUUCUAAGCCGCUUCUAAGCAGAGGACUGUGUUUGGACGUGAACUUGUGAUAAAAACCUUCCACUCGUGUGGUGGUUGUGGGGGGAACGCCACUAUAGGCAUCCAGGGGAAUGUGAGUGUGUGCGUGCGUGUGUGCGGAUGUGUCUGUCGGUCUGUCUGCCUCUCGAGUUUUGUGCAGUGAGAGUGAAGGAAAAAAGGCACAAUUAAGAACGAGUGUUUCGAAUUAGAAGAAAUACAAACACAGUGUUGUAAAAGUGAAUCGAAGGGGAACCCGUUUGCGUAUGUAUAAGUGCGCGUGUAAGAAGCGAAGAAUACGACCAGCAAGAAUGAAAUUCGCGAUUAUUAUUGCGAAUUUAUAGAAUUGGGCCUACGGUAGUGUGCGUAACGAGUGUAUAUUUUUUAUUUUAUUCGCGAAUUUUGCUUCCUGCUGCUGCCACUGUCCGUCGUUUGUAUAUGCAGCAGCGCGAGUGUAUCGCCAUUCGGAAAUUGUGCUGAAAUUUCCGGCUCAUAGAGCAAAUUGUGUGCUAUUUCUAUUUUCUCGUGACUGUGGCCAUGACUCCAGAGUGAUGGAGGCGCCACCUUCUGUUCCAUUGUCACAGUGUUAGUUAGCGUGCAUGUGCAACGAAGACGAUGAUGGCCCGAAAGUGCUACAGCUGCCGCUGCUGCAACCCAGCAGCCGAGUGACAUCGAGUAGCGUUUUUGACACCACCCCCAUAUCCCGGAAAGUCGCCCCCUAUACAUCGGCCACCCCACCUCGCCCGGACCAACACAAGUGGACCUCGAAGCUACUGGUGUAAAAUUUCCCAAGCUAUUUUCGGUGUAUGUACCAUCAAUCGGUUGCACUUGUGCUCCUUUUUCCGACCUUGAACUAUAUAUUGCAAUCUGAACUUGUCAUCGUUUUGCUGCUGCUGCUGCUGCUGCAUCUGUUCCUGUUGCAUCCCGGGAAGUCAGAGGCUCUCCUGUGCGCAUAUUUCGGGAACGACCUGCAUACCAGCUAGUAGUGGAUGCAUCCAUCCAGCGUUUGUGCUUAUAUGUGUCUGUGUGUGACCGUGUAAAACUGGUGACCGACAAUCUGGGUGGUUUUCGGAGUGCAUCCUCACUGGCAUUGGCCAGCGCUGCUACUGCCGCUGCGGCCCGAGAAUCUCGUUGUCAUUCAGUCAAGUGCUACCUGAUGGAAUCGGGCUAACUAAAAAGUGUCUCGCGUGCGUACUCGAAUCGUUAGUACAAAGAUCCAAAGUGUUCAACCCAAAUCCGUAGCGAAAUUUUGAAAAAUCUCCCCCCUACAACAUAACGUAGAGCAAAGUGUUCAAAUCGAAGCAGAGAAAGUAAAAAAAAAAGCCAGUAGAAUUAUUUAUCGUUAACCCGUGAAGCUACGAAGAAGAUUCUGUGAAAUUGCGAACCUAUAGUAAGAAAAUAAGUGAAGCAACCAUGCACGAAGAAGCCUCAUCGACGGCCAGUUCUUCCACCAAACCGACCAACAUCAUCUACGCUAACAUCAAUGGCGGAGGGGGUGGCGGGGGUGGCAGUGCCAUAUCCGGCGGGGGUGGUGCAACCCAUCUUAACGGAAAUCUCCUGAUAACAACAACACCAACCGUCCAGGACGCAUCCUCUUCCCUGUACGAGUUGGUCCAUCAGCAGCAGCAGCAUCAUCAUCAACAACCUUCUUUCCACCAACACCAUCACCAUCAACAACAACAACAACAGCAGCAGCAGCAGCAGCAGCACCAUCAACAGGUCAUGACAUCGACCCAACCAAUCCAUUCAACCAAAAUCAUCAUCACCAACCAGCCCCUAAUCAGUACCACCACCACAACUAGUCCGGUAGAGGUUCGCCCCAUACAGCAUCACACCAUACAACAACAGCAGCAGCAGCAAGCCCAACUCCACCAACAUCAACAUCACCUCGUUCAAUCAACAUCGUGCUCAUCGGGCAAUGCUCCGACUUCCUCCGGAACGACGACUACGACUACUACCAUCGUCAUCAACACGGAAGAGUCAUCCCCGUUUGACGCCGCUGCUGCUGCUGUUUCCAUUCUGGAUUCCGAACCCGGAACAUCCACCGGACUGAUGUCCGACACGGUGGCAGCGGCUGCAGCCGCACUGAUCGAUCUGCAUCCGUCGUCCUCGUGCAGUUCGGCUUCACCCAGUGCCGGAAAUAUUGGUGGUGGUGCUGACGUGGUUCACCUACAAGAACUGGGAGUAGCAACGACGACCACCAGCAGCAACGGAACGGCUUCAACAUCGUCAACAUCGGCUUCAUCGUCAGCGGAAGGAGGAGUGGCGCUGCAUGAGCCCAUCGAAAUUAAAAUUCCAUCGGAGGGGUCCUAUGCCGAGGGAUCCGAUGGUGAGUACACAUUUUUCCUUUCUAUUCUGAUUGUCUUACAUUUCAAAUGGGUACUGCGGAUAGCCCUGUUGCUGCAAUCGUUGUGAUUGCACUGUGGAGAUGAUUGUUGUUGUUGUCGACGAAAGUUCUACGCCUGCGGGAUUGGGACUGCGACCAGGUUGGCUCAGAUGACAUGUGUUGUGUAAUUUAAGAUCCUAGGCUAAGUUCUAGUUAAGAUUAUCGAAUUGUGCUCUACUGUGUGAAAAUAUUGCAAUCAAAUGUAAAACUGUAAAAUGUAAUGUUAUGGCAAAUGAUGAUAUAAAUUAAGGAUACUUUUUUUAUUUCUCAAAUUUUAGUGGUACAACAAACCUUUUCCACGUGGAAAAUUUAAUUAAUUUUUCUUAUUGUAUUUUGCAUUUGAAACUGGACUAUUCCAAAGUGCGGAAUCGCUAAUAAAAAAGUGCGCUUUGACGUUGUAUCGUGUCUUGGUGUCUUCUGUGCAGUUAUUCCUCAUGAAUUAAGGAAUAAGUGCGCCCACCGACAUGAUUUAACGUAAAAGCGCACUUUUAUAAGCGUUUUACACUAAAUAGGAAUUAUGCAAGUGAAAAUGAUUAGUAAUUUCCCAGUUCUUCCGUUUUUCCAGGAAUUUAGGAUAUUUAUCGAUUGUGCUGUAUGCAUUUAAAUUAAGGAUAAACCGAAUGAGAUU